GCCCAGAUCUGAUAGUUCUGCUUCACCUUUUCUUCCCACCCUUUCAACCAUGGUGUUACUAACUUUCUGAUUAACCUAUUUUACAAUGCCUGGGAGAACUUUAUGCAGGCAUGUGAACCAUCUAUGUUACCUAGUGCUUCCUGGAGAAAGGGGAAUAGUAGCACAGCACAUAAGUAAAUGAAGCAACACGGAAGAGUGGCAUCUAUUGGUUUGUUUCCCACCAAGGUUGCCAUGCAGCUUUGAAAGCGGAGGGGUUCUGAUGCAGACCGAAAAAGAAGCUGCAAGACUGUUUAACAGAAAAAAAGAUGACCGGUACAGUACUUGGAGUGGGGCCUGGAGUGUUCAUCUUGGCCCUGGUGUGGGUCUUGGCUUUACUGCUGUGCAUUUUGUUAUCUAGAGCUUCUGGACUUGCUAGGUUUUCAGUCAUUCUGGUUUUCUUUGCUGCUGUGAUCAUCACUUUAACCUUGUUGCUUUUUCCUCGCGCCAGCAAGUUUCCAGCGCCAGCUACAGAAAUUAAGAUUGUAGACACCUUCUUCAUUGGCCGUUUCAUCCUGGUCUCCAUUUUAAGUGUGGUUUUCCUGGGAUGCCUGUUUUUGCUUCUGACUCACCAUCUUCUGCAACCUGUAUAUGCCAAACCAAUGAGAUCCAGCACCUAAAAUAAUUCACUGCUAGUGUUUGAUGGUACUUUGGCCACAAGAACGUUUCCAACUCCUGUGACUGAAGAUACGAGAUUUAAUUCCAUUAAUCAGAAUGUUUGUUCACAGAUGCUUAAAAUAUACAAAAUUUGUAUCAUAUGGUAUCUUGAGUUUCUCAAGAUAUGAACAAUUUCAAAUACAGUAGAAUAAGUACAACCAGAUGUAGCAUGAGUUCUAAGUUUGUAUUUCCUUUUGUUCCCUACCUUCGGUUAACUGAAAAUGUAUUUGUACAAAGUUGUGUUUGUAAAACAGUUCAGAUAAUGCUGAUUGAAUCUCACACAAGAUUUGUUACAGCAUUGGUAACUGCCCUUUUGCCAGAGCAGUGUAUUAAAUAAAUAAAAAUGCAUUCACAUUAAACGAUUAAAUGUCAAUCUAGUUUGUAACCAGUUUGUUUUCCUCCAGGCUCUGUAUAGAGAAACCUUGCUUGUGAAUUUCUUUUUAGUACUUUCUGUAUUUAUUGGAUUUAAUUUAAUGGAUCCCCAAGGGCUUAUUUAUUGUCUACCCCUCCUUCCUGAUACAGGUGAGAGAUGCUAAUGAGUCCCUCUGAGAAGUCCCUUGGCCAAAUUGUUCCAGGUGGACAAAAAAGAAACAUCAUUUUUCUUCACCAACAGACGAUCAUUGUUGCUAAAGUAUAGAGAGAGCAAUCCAUAUCAUAUUUGUUCUGGGGGUUACAUCUCACAGAUUUGUUUCGCAGAGGCAGUAUUCAGUUUUGUAUCUGCCCAUAUUCACAAGAAGAACAUAAUGACGUAAUAGGUGAGACAGAAAUGUCAGAUGCACAUCCAUACUUGCAGUUCGAUGUCCCCUAUUGGACUCUGGAUUUCACAUGUUACAUUAUCAGUGCGUCUUGCAUGAAUAUAUUUGUAAAAUUCCAUUCAUAUUAAUUGCAAUUAUUCUUCAUGAAUGAAAUGUCCAGGACCACAUACAUUCUAGUGUCAUCCCCAUGUGUUGGACCAAUUCUCAUUAUCCCUAACCAGCAUGAGCAGGCUGGCAUUGAAUACGUACACUGAUUGAAAUCAGUGGGCUGAGGCAUAACGGUAU